AUUCCAAUUUUCUGUGGUAUUAUUUUUAUUUGCUGGCAAAAUUCAGUAAAGACAUUUGUUGUGUUCUGGAUCCGAGCCUUUAAACAUUUAGCACGAGGCGUCAACGAGAGAGAGAAGAGAGAGAGAGAGAGAGAGAGAGAGAGCAAGUGAUUCGGUUUUCGAUCUUGUUUCUAUCUGAAUCCCAUUGCAUUCCAAGAUCUUCAACCCAGGUUAUGGAAAAUAUGAAGGGGUCAUCAAAUAACAGAAAUGUGAUUUGCAGUGGAAAGCACUCUUUACUUCCUCCUAAAAGUCCAUUUCCAAGUACUGCUCCAUCAUAUGUUGAUUAUGUACGUAGUCCUGUCAUUGGACCGAAAGGUAUGGCAAAGCCCAAAGAGGGAAAUUCACACCACCAUCGUACUUCCUCUGAGAGCCUUCUGAUUGAGGAGCAACCUUCGUGGCUGGAUGAACUGCUUGAUGAGCCAGAAACGCCUGUACGCAAAAGAGGUCAUCGGCGUUCAUCAAGUGACUCUGCAUAUAUAGAUGUGGCCACUGCUUAUACCAUGGAUUAUGUAUCUCAGGACGAGAACAAAUGUAAUAAUCUGAUUUCAGUGUCUUCAUGGGAAUCACGAGACUUUAAACAAUACAAUGAUGUGCGACAUGCUUCUUUCUACACUGAGCCAAACUCUUUGGGAAAACCGAAGAAUUGGGCUCAAGAUCCAUCGUUGAUUUCAAUGGCACAUCAAAGUGGCCUUCUUUCUGGUACAGACAACGGUAUUAUACACGGUAGAUGUGUACCGCAAGAAGCAGAUUGGGUUCCAUCUACAGGGACCGAAAAGCAGGAUCCGGUUGAAUCAGAUCCACAUGAUUUUAAAGCUGCUUCUGAAAAGAAAGAUCCUUCUAAUGCUAAGCCUUCUGCAUCUGAGACAGAUACAAAACGUGCCAAGCAGCAAUUUGCUCAACGUUCACGGGUCCGAAAACUUCAAUAUAUAGCUGAACUGGAAAGCAAUGUGCAAGCUUUACAGGCAGAAGGGUCUGAAAUUUCUGCCGAUCUUGAAUUUCGCAACCAGCAGAAUCUUAUUCUGACGAUGGAGAACAAAGCCCUGAAGCAACGUCUAGAAAGUCUUGCCCAGGAACAGCUGAUUAAGUACUUGGAACAUGAAGUAUUGGAGAGAGAGAUGAAAAGGCUGCAAGCCAUGUAUCAGCAACAGCAGCCAUCUCUGAGCCAUAGGCGUACCAAAAGCAGAGAUCUUGAUUCACAGUUUGCACACCUUUCUUUGAAACAUAAGGAUCCCAGAUCUGGCCAUGACCCCAUUUCUGGACCGCUUCAAAAUUGACCAUAUGAUGCAGCCAUGCGCUGCCUUGACUGUGACCCGACCGAUGUUGUCAUACUGGUGACAAAAGUUGCUGCGUCCCUUGUGCUGGAUUAACACCCAAGUCUUCCAGUCUUGCUUGGAUUUACCUUUUGCCUUUUGUUUUUUUACCUCUUUUUUCUGGUGGAAAGGCAAGAAGUGUUAGUUGUUAGUUUUAGUUGGUGAGGAUUGUACCCAAGUCUAAUGCAUGGCAGUAUAUGGUACAUACCAAUGGGCUAUCACUCCGCUUGCUCAUUUUCUACUUGUAUUUGCUCUUUUUGUUUUCUCAAACUCGUUGUGUAUGUGCACCUGGUAGUCAUGCCAUGAGCUAGCAUUUUGGCGACUCACCGGAGGUGGUGACUGAAAACAAGAGACCAAUGCCCAUCUUCUUCUCCCGACGAGCUAUGUUAAUCCUAGUUGGUUAAUUUUGUGGUCUCGUGGAUGACAUUGUGGAUUUUCUUUUAAUGCACACUGACAAUAAUUGUUGUAAUUGUCUAUUGAUUACCUUGCUCAAAUGACAUCAUUUUUUGGUUUGAA